GCCGCUAUCCGCCGCAGGGUGUUAACUAAUUAUUCCACAUUUUUGGUCAACAUGACGCCCUAAACGACCCUAUGUUUUUUUGAAAGUUUGGCCAUCACUGUCGCAUUCACUAAAUACCCACUGAAUUCCCAUUCUCAAAUCUCAACCAGGCCGCCAUGGCAGACCUCACCCGCGUCGAGUCCUUCCAGUACCCGUCGGGGCAUUUCGCGCAUCUUUCAGACAACCAGCAGGCACAGCUCGACGAGUUCAAGCGCAUAUGCCAGGAACAAGGAUACUACACGCCUGCUAGCGCAGACGGCGCGACGCAGGCAAGCGACGAUGACGAGACGCUGCUGCGCUUCCUCCGCGCGCGUCGCUUCGUCCCCUCCGAGGCCUUCAAGCAGUUCAAGGACACCGAGGACUGGCGCAGGGAACACGGCAUCAACGACCUCUUCCUCGACAUCGAGGUGGACGAGUUCGAAGCGACGCGGAAAUUGUAUCCGCAAUGGCUAGGCCGACGCGACAAGCGCGGCAUUCCCGUCUACCUCUUCGAAGUUGCGCCGCUUAAUUCCAAGAACAUCGCUUCCUACGAGAAGGAGCUCAAGAACGCCAAAACCACGUCCCCCAAGGUCGCAACCAAGAACCUCCGCCUUUUCGCGCUGUACGAGUCGCUGACGCGCUUCGUCCUCCCGCUCUGCUCAAAUGUCGAGCGGAAUCACCCUGAGACGCCCAUCUCGCAGAGUAACAACAUCGUGGACAUUAGUGGGGUGGGUUUGAAGCAGUUCUGGAAUCUCAAGAACCACAUGCAGGAUGCGUCUACGCUGGCUACGGCACACUAUCCCGAGACGCUGGACCGAAUAUUCAUCAUUGGCGCACCCGCCUUCUUCCCCACGGUCUGGGGCUGGAUCAAGCGUUGGUUUGACCCCAUCACCGUGUCCAAGAUCUUCAUCCUCUCGCCCGCAAACGUACUGCCCACCCUGACCCAGUACAUCGACAUCGACAACAUCCCGAAGCAGUACGGUGGCAACCUCGACUUCGAAUGGGGCCAGAUGCCGAAUCUCGAGCCUGAGAUCGACGCCGCGUUCAAGUGGGAGAACCCCAACGUACAGAAUGGCAAAAACACGCUCCCCAUUGGACCGAUCGCAUGGGAGAAGGGCGCAGAUGGCUCGCUCAAAGCUGUCGCCGUAGGCCACGAAAACGGGAAAAGGCGCCACACAACCGUCUUCACGAUCCCGCACCCCGUCAACGCGGCCUCGAGCUCCAAGCCCAUCGUCAACACUCCCAUCGCAGAGCAAGAACUUGCCCUCACCACAGCAGGCACGUACACGCAGCCCGCCGACUCCGAAGUCCCCAACCCAGACACCCUCAGCCCGCCCUCCGCCUCCGACAGCACGACCCCGUCCUCCACCCCAAAGCCAGAUCAAACCGACCUCCCAAUCCGAGGUGGCACCUCGGAAACGCGCUUCGAGCAGCAGACGCACACGCACGCCGCGGGCCAGCUCGCAGAAGGCACGCCGCACGCGGCCGUCAACGACCACGGGUACGGCGACAAGACGGUGACGAUGGAGCCCGGCACCGUGGGCCAGGCGCCCAAGGACGUGUCGAUUGCGCCGGCAACCGAGGAGCCCGCUGCGCCGGGGUAUCUCGACCAGGCGAAGAGCCUUGCUGCGAGCGCCACUGCAACCGUGACCGCGGCGGCCGGGUCGGCGGCAGGCGCGGUGACGGGGCUUGUGGGCGGGGGUGCGGGCCAGGUCGAGGAGAAAGAUGAGGAUACGAAGCCGCAGAAGAGUGAGGAGGAAGAGGCUAUGGAUCGAGCGAUCGAUGGGAGGGGGACGGCGGACGUGGAGGGUUUUCUAAGGGAAAGGACUGCGACUGGAAAGCAGUGAGCGAGCAAGAACGUAUGACUCGUAGUGAUUUUUGAUCACCAGGUGUAGUCUGUUUCGGUUUUCAAGCAUUGAGCGAACAGCAUCUGCUGCAUUCAUCUGCACCAGUCUCGUUUGGGUCAUAGAUUCACUUGACUUCAUCUUGCCUCGUCUAGCCGCACGCUUCACCAGCACGAACCGCAGUAGCUGGCACAAAGUCUGGACUUCAAGGGCACCCUUAUACGUUAUCUCGUAGAAAUCGCAAUAUGUCGCCG